AAAAUUUUUAGUAGGGGGGCAUUUAAGUGGUGUCUGAUGAGGAUUCAAAGUAUACAUAUAAACAGUUUACAGAAGUACAUACACAGUUUAUUAUUAUAAAAUUUUAAAGUCACAUUUUGCAAGAUGCCUUCUUUGAGACUUGGCGAUAUCAUCCCUAAUUUUAGUGCUUCGUCCACCAAAGGACCAAUAAAUUUCUACGAGUGGCAAGAAGACAAGUGGGUUGUGUUAUUUUCCCACCCUGCCGACUUUACGCCUGUUUGCACAACAGAACUGGGUCGCAUAGCCGUACACGAGCCGCAUUUUACCAAAAGAAAUGUCAAGUUGCUCGCUCAUUCCUGUGACAAGCUCGGAACCCACGUGGACUGGGUCAACGAUAUCAAAUCGUACUGCCUGGACAUUCCCGGGGAAUUCCCCUAUCCCAUAAUCGCGGACGAAUCAAGAGAGCUGGCAGUGCAACUCGAUAUGAUUGAUCAGAAUAAUAAGGAUAGCGAGGAUCAUGCUUUGACUGUUAGGGCGCUUUAUAUAAUUGAUCCUAAACAUCAAUUAAGACUGUCAAUGCACUAUCCUGCUUCAACGGGAAGAAAUGUGGAUGAAAUCUUAAGAGUUAUUGAUUCUCUUCAACUGGUGGACAAAAUUCCACAAAUUGCUACACCAGCCAAUUGGGUGCCUGGGGAAAAAGUAAUGAUACUCCCUAGUGUAAAAGAAAAUGAAAUAGAAAAACUUUUCCCUGGUGGAGUAGACAGAGUAUCAAUGCCUUCUGGAGUCACCUAUGUGAGAACAACAACAAAUUACUAAGACAUUCUAUAACAUUUAUAAAAAUAAUAAUAUAUUUCAUAUAUAAUGUAACAAUUUAUACAAAUAAAUAAUCCUGUAGAAUCAAAAGCAGUCAUGUCGUGCUAAGCUAAAAUGUGGUAACUACGGUUUUACUUAAUAUUGGUUAACAAAUUUUAUUUUUAGCCCGGCGUGGACAUGUCGGCUUUUAAUUCUAUUUAUUUUGUCAUAAAAAUAUUGUUUUUUAUUAGUAACUUUUUGGUUUUCAAGGUUUUUAGUAU